GGCUCCGGGGGCUGCUAGGGCAUCGAUGGGAAGGGUAGGCCGCAGUGGCAGAGGCAGGCGAGGCAAGGAACAGCAGCAGCUCCGGCCUGGCCUAGCUGUGGGGAGGCAGAGGGGCUCGUCUCGGGCUUGAGGCCUCCACCCCAGAGGAAUCUCCAACCUUGGCCUCUUUAAGACUUGUGGACUUCAACUCCCAGAGUUCCUUUGCCAGCAACUGUCAUCUCUGUCCCUCAGCGGCUCCUCAGCCUCAACUAAGCUCCCGUUUCAUGCUGAAUAAACUAAAUUAUCAAUGUAUCUUAAAUAGAAAACUCUUUCGAUAUAUAUAUAUAUAAAACUCCAAAAGCAUUUUAUUAAAAUAAAUUUGAUUUAAAAAAAAUCCGAUUUAAAUUUUUUUUAAAAAUCCGAUUUAAAUUUUUUUAAAAAAUCCGAUUUAAAUUAAAAAAAAAAUCCGAUUUAAAUUAAAUCCAAUUUUUAAUUUUUUUAAAAAAACCCAGUUUUUAUCCACCCUGGUGGCUAAUGGCUUUCAUCCUGUGCUAGAUCUUGGGUGAGAGCCUGCUGUACUAAUCCUUACCAUUCUUGCUUUUUGUUAGUUGGUCAAACUUUGCGGGCAAGGAGUUUCGAAAUAUCCUGUCUCGAACGGAUUUCUGCCCACAGUAUUUGCUUUGCUUAUGAAUGGAGCCAUCUAGAUAGUUGGCUGCUUCUUUCAAUUAAGCUCUUUAUCUCCUUAAGUGCUGGCAUCUGCUGUGGGCUAUUAAGAAAGACUUGCGGGGCGGCUUUCUGCCUCUAAAAACAUGUUUUUCUUUGGAGAAAUAUAAUCUGCCUUUUUAAAAAUAUUUCCCAAAAUAUUUCAUUCUUCUGGGGGGGGGUGGGCUUCCCACAGUGGGAAAAACAACACAUUUACCUUCUGGGUCUCAUACGUUGACCUUGCUUGUUUUAUUGACCCAAGAAGGUGUCGUAAAAAUAUCCCAAUAAAGAGGAACACAGACAAACCACAAGCAAUAAAUCUUACUUUUAAGAUUCAGAGGUUUAUUUCAUGAGCAAUUUGGAAGAUGAGUAGCCAACAGAAAUGCAAUUUCACAACAAAACGUACAUUAUUAAACCAUUGCAAUGGGGUCCAAUGACACAUAGCAGAUCCUACAAGGACUGCUUUUGGGCAAAGGACACCAUUCUCAUUUCAAGCCACAUUUCUUAUACCUUUUUUACUGACAUACGAAUUCCAUAGUUUUACUUCCUUGUUCUUUCUUACAUUCUUACUGACUGUCACUCUCUGCAAAUACCCGUGUACAUUUGAAGCUCUCAGCCAUUUGUUACUUUCAGUUCUGCAUUUCCCACCUUUCAUUCUUCCUGCUCUAAAUAUAUCCGCACAAGUACCUACUUUGCAGAAAAUGCAGCACACAAGUCAGCACAUUAGAAAUAUGUUUGGUACAUUUUGCAAUUAUGUUAGUUUAAAACUUUGGUUCAGUCCUAGAUCUUAGUACCAGCUACUUUCCAAUGGAUAUAUUUCUCUUCUCACAAAGGACUUAGAAUAACUUCAUUGUCACUUUAAAUGUACACUAAUUGGCAUACAUUAAAAUGAAAUUUGCUUUAAAAUGAGAAAAGCGUUCUUCAAAGUUGCUGCCAAACUUCUUGUAAGAGAAAGGUGUGAAUCCAAAGGAUCUUAAAAGGGGUAGGCUGUCCUUGGGCUGGAGCUGAAUUAUGCAGGGAGAAAAACUGGGAAAUGUGGAUAUUUGGGGGCUAGAAUUAGCACAGUUUCCUCUUAUUGACCUGAAGGCAGAGGGAGAUGAAGUCCAACAUGCUUUUAGAAGUCACCGUUUGUGGUGUGGUGUGAACUGGAUGGGCCUGGAUGUUUUUGCUCACUGCUUGAUUUCGUUGUUACAGGAAACGAUGGCUGAAUCUUCUGCAAUUGGCAAGUUAACAUUGCCUGAACCAUUCCUUAAAAAGGUGUCAAACUGUAACAGCGGUGUGUCACCGUCCCAGAAGCAUCUCUCAGCCUUUAAACCCGAACCUCUCUGGAUAGAUGGAAACCCUGCAAUAAUGCCGGCAGAGAGCAAGGACAAAGAAUGGACUAGAAAUACUGCCAUUUAUAGCCUGGGUACCAAUCAGUGCUUUCACUGCCUGAUUACCUUCCCUGACGAGAAAUUCAAGGAACGGCAUAUGAAGCGAGAACAUCCAGAGGACUUUGUUCAGGCCAAUUUGCGGGAUGCCCUGUUUCUCUGCUUCGUCUGUAACAAGGCUUUCAAGAGUUCCCAAGCGCUUAUCGGCCACCAGCGAGGCCAUGCCUCGCCCUCGCCCUCCGAUUGCAGCGACUGCUUGCGCCCCCCCACCUUUGACUGUGCUGACUGCGGCUGCCGUUUUGAUCAGCUGGCCAACUACCAGCAUCACCGCCUAGGUCACAUGGCCGGCCAUAGCUUGCCUCAUCAGUGCCCCGAUUGCAGCAAAAGUUACCGGCAGCUUUCCAUCCUGCGUCAGCACCAGGUUUUCCACCGGCCAACCCAGGUGGUGCUUCCCUCCCGACCCUAUUCCUGCACAGAGUGUGGGGAGAGCUUCAGGCACGAGGCAGGCCUGCACGAGCAUUACAUCCAGCAUGCUCGCGGGGAGCUCUAGCGCGGUAGCACUAGCCAAUCCCUCUGCUUCCUGAACCUGGUUGGGGAAUGGAAGGCCAUGGGCAUUGCUGUCUGGGAUGGGGAGCCAGAUUCCUUUUUGGGGGUGGAAAUACAGGGCAAAAUCUUUGUUCUUUGGAAGUGCUGCGGCUGCUUAUGUUCCCCUUAGAACAGGGGUCAGCAACCUGCGACUCUGGAGCUGCAUGCGGCUCUUUCACCCAACAUACAAAUGACCAAGAAAAUAAAAUAUUUAGGGAUUUGGCUUACUGCAAGAUGUUCCUCAAUUAAGGAGGACAAUUACGAUAAAUUGCUACAACAAAUCAAAAAAGACUUUGAAAAUUGGAAAAACCUACAGAUCUCGCUAUCGGGGAGGAUCGCCAUGAUUAAAGUGAAUAUUUGGCCAAAAAUACUGUUUCUCUUCCAAGUUAUACCAGUAAAAUUAGAGAAAAACUUUUUUGAAGCUUUAAAUAAAAUAGUUACCAAAUUUAUAUGGCAGGGAAAAAGACUGAGAAUUAGACUUAAAUUACUAUAAGACACAAAAGAUAAAGGAGGAGUAGCACUCCCAGAAUGGGAAAUAUAUUAUCAAGCCUCUUACGUAACCUGGCUAAAAGAGUGGAGAGAGUUAAGGGAUAAAAGAACACUAGCAAUUGAGGGAAAUGAUCUACAAGCGGGAUGGCAUGCAUUCUUUUGGGAUGAAAAAGAUAAAAAUAGCUAUUUUAGAAGAUAUAUACUAAGGAAUGCAUUGCUACUAAUUUGGUUAAAAAUAAAAAAAACAGCAUUAAACAAGCAUUAAAACAUCCAAAUUUAACUGAAUGGGAUAAGAUAAUAAGAUAUAGAGAUAUACUAAAAGAACAAGGAAAUUUGAAAUCGAAACAGGAAUUGGAACAUGAUCUUAAUAGAGGAAUUAAUUGGUGGACAUACAUGCAAAUUUAGUCUAAAUAUAAAGAAGAUACAAAAUUAUAUGAAGUACAAAAUGAGCAACAUGAAUUGGAUAAAAUUAUAGAAAGGGACAGGAGAAAUUAAUUAGUAGGAUAUACAAAUUUUUACUGCGAUAUAAAAUGGAAGAGGAAGUAGUUAAAGAUACAAUGAUCAAAUGGGCAAAAAAAUGUUAAUCAUACAAUAGAAUUGGAGAGAUGGGAAACAAUGUGGCAAAUAAAUACAAAAUUAACUAUGUCUGUGGCAUACAAGGAAAACCAGUUGAAGAUGUUCUACCUUAGCAGCUCUUAAGGUGUGUGGGCUUCAGCUCGCAGAAUUCCUCAGCCAGCCUAUAAGUAGUCCUUGACUUAACAACAGUUGAACCCAAAAUUUCUGUUGCUAAGCAAAACACUUGUUAAGUGAAUUUUGCCACAUUUUAUGAUCUUCCUUGCCAUAGUUUGUGGCAAGAAUCACAGCUGGGAAGGAAAUCACUUGCAGGUGUUAAGUCAGUAAAAGGGUUAAGUGAAUCUGGCUUCCACGUUGACUUUGUCAGAAGCUCACCAAAGGUGAUCACAUGACCCCAGGACAACCCCCCCCCUCCGCCUUACACCUCUUCAGGAAAUCCAUCAGCGCAAGUAACCUUGUAUUAUAAAAUGAAGGGACCCCGGAACUCUGCAUUCUCACAAAAUUACAUUCUCUAGCAUCUUUUUGGUCAUUUAAAGUGGCGUCUGUCUUGAGAUAGUCCUUGUGAUGCUGAAAAUGGUAAAACGAACUUGAAAUUGUUUUUGCAACGGUUUUGCAAUCUUCUAGAUCUUAAAAUGUGCGAGAUUGGCUCAGAAUGAAGGAAACCCAAGCAUUGUCAGUUUGACUCCCAUGCAGGACUGUUUCUACUGGAUGCUCUUUGGAUGCUCGAGGUGGAGAAUUUUAGGGAAAAAGAUCUUUUUAAACUCUGAAGUUGCUGUGGGUUUUGCAUCAUGUAAAUGACACAUUCUGCAGGCAAAUUGUGAUUUAUACACGGACUUCUGUAUCUUUUGAGGUUAUGAUCCCUGGCACUUUAUUUUUCCUUUGAUAUUUUAUUGUAUAAUGGACUAUUUUAAAAAAGUAGGAAGAAAAUAAAACAAAAGAAUAA